AUGAGGUUAACGAUACAUGUUCAUUUUAUUCCUGUGCUUUUUGCUGCAAACAUGGGUUGGUCGAGAAUACCGACAUUCGCUCCCCACAACGACAUGCCAUUUAGGUUCCCCUACGCGACAAAGCCAUAUCUGGGUCCCGACCAUGAGGUUAACCCAUAUGAUGCUGCUGUUUGGACUGAAAAAACAGCAAUCACCAGGUUCACUACUGUGGAGAUGCAACAUAGUGACUGUGUGAAGCUCCAAUUUGGCAUGCAACAAGGUAUACCGGAUCCCCCAACAUGUUUGGGACAAUGGCACCAAUUAAGACUGGAUAACCAAUUGAGAAUUCCUAAUUUAAGAGACUUUGGUUCAUGUCCUAUGAUAAAGAAUAUCCUUCUGUUAGACUCAGAGGGAAAGAGGGUUGCAGUAAAGUAUUUUUCAGAUGACUGGCCAACAAACAGUUCAAAACUAGCUUUUGAGAAGUUCGUGUUCACCAAAACUCUUAAAACAAAUGCUCGCACAGAAGCUGAGAUAACAUUGCUUGACGACAAUAUCAUUAUUUACAAGUUUGUACAAGACCUGCAUUUCUUUGUCACUGGCAGCGACGAUGAAAACGAGAUUGUUUUAGCUUCAGUUCUUCAGGGACUCUAUGAUGCAAUCACCCUUCUGUUGAGGAAUAAUGUUGACAAAAGGGAAGCACUUGAGAACUUGGAUCUCAUUCUUUUAUGCCUUGAUGAGAUUGUUGAUGGAGGGAUGAUACUCGAAACAAAUGGACCGCUUAUUGCUGAAAAAGUUACCUCCCAUAACAUCGACGCUGACUCUCCGUUGUCUGAGCAGACACUAACUCAAGCAUGGGCUUCAGCUAGAGAGCAUUUGACAAGAACGCUUUUAAAAUGACCUUUGAACUUUGAAGUUUGAAUGAAGAGUUUUGUUAUAAUUGAGGGACUUCUCUGUCUAGACAAUUAGUUUUAUCCUCUAAUUUGU